AUGACGCCAACACAGUUCGACAUCUUUGUCAAGCGGCUCAUUGCGCUGAAGACCCCGAAGGUCGUGGUUCUACUGGUGCUCCUGACUUGGUGGCUAGAUCUACCCGGAAGAGAUGGUCCACCGUAUCAAGUGUUGGAAUACUUUGCCGGUGUGGGCCGCGUUGCUGCCAUGGCCAAAUUUGCUGGGUUUAAAGCUGCGGCCAUUGACAUUGAGUAUGGGAAGUCUUUGGGGAAAGAACGGGGAUCCAGGUGCCACAGGGAUCUAUUUGUGACCUUUUUGGUGCUAUGGAAUGGUGCGCUGAAUCAACUCUCUGGGAUGAAGAGGAAACGCUAUUUUGUUUCCGUGGGCGGUGUCAUAGAGCGCAUGGAUCUUCCCUCCCGUGUGUUCUCAACAGGGACUUUGAUGGCGGGAGUUGACUUGGUCAAUGAGGAAACAGGUAUGGAUACCUUAAACGACAAGAGCGAUGAAGACUUGCAGAGGGAACUGGCCGAGUUGGAGACAUUGUUGCAGGACAAGCCACGCAACGCAGCUAUGGCUGUGCCUGUGGCACCUAUCCCUACACCAGUCCGCGCACUGGUAAAUUCAGGUGAUGCUGGACCAGAAGAGGAAACCGCAAUGGAGCUCACUUCGGUCUCGAGCCCCUUCCAAGACAUUGAGGCCAUGGAGCAGGCUGCAAGUGGGGAAGCUCCGGUCACUCCAAACGAGAUGAAGAAGUUGCGGCGUAUGAUGACACCGCGUGCUGAUGGUAGCCUUCUAGUCCCCAAAGAGAUUCUUGAGCAAUGGAAUGAUCUAGCUGAUGGGGGUCGCGAUUCCAUUCUGAAGCUUUGGAAAAAAAGUAAUGGGGACAAGGACUCUUAA